CUUGCAAGAUUGUACCAUUGCUGAUCGGCGAUUCAAUGUCCAGAUGCUGCAAUCGAAUUCCUAUGACAAGUCCCCUCUCUUUUGAUUCUUUGUGGAUCAUUCUCAUGCGCUCGUUGGUACCCCGUCUGAACCGUCAUAGAAACACCAGUCUCGUCCUAGAGUGGCCAACUUCAUACACUCAUGUAUCAUCUUACAUCCUGUGCUCGCAAGCAAGCAAGUCUAAAAAGUAGCAGGUAAUCUCGUCCAGUCUCUGCUAAUGUGUAUGGGAGCCCUCAUGUCCUAGAUUGUUACAUCGCUUCUAAUCGGGUCACGAUGUAUUACGUAGUGAAAAGACGCUUAAAUGAUCUUAUGUUUAUCUACCGAUAUCCUUCGUAGUGAUAGCAGAUGGGAUCGGUGCGCUCAGUACCGGUUACUUCGAAUCAGAAAGAACUUCGGAUACGACAAGGUCCGGUUCUGAACAAGAGAUGCUAAUAAUGACAGACGGCGACUACUCUUCUGCAUGAGCUAACCGUCGCGCCCUUCUGACGACAAAUUCCCCCAAUCUGCAGAUCAUGCGGUGUCGGAGCUCUCGCUUUGUCGCUCCACACGUCCACACUUUCGUCCGCCAAUUGCGUAUAAUGCGUGAGAUCCUGCAGCAGAAAUUGUUUGUAAUGCCCCAAACUGUCUUCGUUCGCUAUUUGAAUGUCUUCUCUCCUUUGGCUGAUUGUUCAUUCUCUUAACGGCCCAUGGAACUAGGUCUUGCCCAUCCUUUGUAACCCGCUGGUGUUGCAGAGUCUGAAAAUGGCCCCUACUGUUUCGGAUGAGACUUCGCAGCAAGCAAAAGCGGAAAAGGUGUUCUAUCCGAUAACACAGAGAGAGUCCGAAAAGGACCUUGGAACUCAGAGCGACAAGUCAAGCGACUAUGCCACAAGCCCUGCGGUGCUGAAGGAUGAAGAGAAAAUCGUCUGUGCUAAUCUUUCUCGUACGAGAUCACGUAGUUCGAACGCAAGAUCCACUUCAAGCAAUGUUGUUAGCCGAAUAUCCUCGCGUAUCAUCAACCAAAACAUUGUCGAUCCCGGCCCUGCUCCUGAUGGUGGCCUGAAAGCAUGGGUUCAAGUGGUUUGCGCCUGGGUCGUGUGCUUCAAUACUUGGGGCAUGAUCAAUUCUUUCGGGGCCUUUCAAACGUACUACACAACUGCUCUCCACGUAACCCAGUCCGAAGUGUCGUGGAUAGGUUCCAUCAAUCUGUUCAUUGUAAUGCUCGCAAGUCUUGUAAGUGGCAGGGCCUUAGAUGCAGGACUGUUCAUACCCACUUUUGCGAUUGGCAGCCUCAUUCAAGUUCUGGGCAUUUUCACCAACAGCGUCUGCAAAAGUGUGUGGCAACUCAUCCUUGCGCAAGGCGUUUGCACGGGAUUAGGGAGUGGUAUAGUUUUCUGCCCAACAAUGGGAUUGGUCACCACGUACUUUCAAAAGCGACGGGGACUUGCAGUUGCGAUUACUUCGACGGGCAAUUCCGCUGGUGGUGCUGUGUAUCCGGCCAUCGUUCGACAGCUGCUCCCAGCCAUCGGUUUUGGAUGGACGGUCAGAGUGUUGGGUUUUAUCAAUCUGACUUGCUUGGCCGUCUCUUUAGCAUUUCUUCGUCCGAGGCUGCCGCCUCGAAAGUCAGGUCCCGUGGUUGAAUGGACAGCGUUCCUAGAAGCCCCGUACUCGUUGAUGAUUGUUGGAAUGUCUUUGGUCUUUGGAGGCCUCUUUUGGUCGUAUUACUAUAUUGGCAGCUAUGGAAGAAACAUCAUUGGCAUGUCCUACCAAGACUCCACGACGCUCGUCACGGUUUUCAACGGUGUCGGAAUCCCCAUGCGACUUGUGACCGGGUUUAUUGUCGACAAAUACGUUGGACCUCUGAACGGGAUGAUACCGCUCUUGUUUGCAAACGGAAUAUUUGCUUUUGCCUGGAUUGGCGUGCGCGGCAGGAUUGGCAUGUACUUUUUCGCGUGCUUCUAUGGGCUGAGUGCAGGUGCCUUCCAAUGUCUCUUUCCGACAACGUUAACAAGCUUGAACAACGAUCUUAGCAAGAACGGGGUCAGGCUCGGCAUGGCUUUCGGGGUAUUCAGCAUCGCUGGUCUGGUAGGGCCUCCCAUAGGCGGUGCGCUGCUCCAAACGAAUGGUGGCGGAAGAGGAGGAUAUCUAUCAGCCCAGCUCGGUGUAGGAUGUGCAACGAUGAUCGGGGCAUGUUUGAUGGUAGCAACAAGAGUGAAAAAAGCCGGAUGGAGCUUGAAAACCAAAUGCUAGUCUUCCAGAGGCUUGUUUGGCGUACACUCCCAAGAUUCAAACGGCCGGGUGUGGACAAAGCACUUCUAUUUCCCGCUGUUGUCCUCAUCGUCGUUAUUGUUUGCAGCCUAGGCUCACUACGUUAUGCUGAAGAUUCUGAGAAUCGUGGAAUGUCGCGCUGAAAGUUUGAAGGCCGCCUUUCCGCGAUGCCUCGUAUGGGUUUUUUUAGGCCCGUGGCCAUGGUUGACUUGAAUCCAUGGGCAGUCGAGAGAGAUUCCUAAUGCACCUUCCCUCGGCAGAAGAUGGCCGCGUGGAUAUCCGUCGCUGUAACCAAACCUAUCUAACACCCAUCCUCUAGACAAUAAACAUACAGCUUUCCUCUCUGGCGGCCACCAAAAACAUGAAUCGAAACUGUUGUUUUUUGUUCGACAGACCGCGGAUCACACAGCCUCGAUUUACGCCGUCAUACUUCAUUGAGCUCAGCUAUCAAUGGUCUCAAUACGACGCGUACAUGCGAAGGAAGCAGGCCGCGGUACAAUACGUUACGCCGUUCCAACGCAGAUACGCAGAUUGCAGGCAAGUUGACCAGAAAAUGCAUCAUGAAUGACUGGAAUAACUCUCAGCACCAACAGAGACGCCGGCUGCAGGAUCAGUGCCAACGAUGGCAACCAAAGAUUGCCUUUGAAUGAGAACGGUAAAAGCAAGACCAAAGACGUCAAGGAUAGCACGGAAGUCAAGACGGAUGUCGCGAUUGAAGAGAAAGAGGAAGGCGAAAUUUGAAUUUCAGAGGCUAACUGCACGUCGCUUCGUCAAGCAAGUUUUGCGAAUCCUAUUGGGACCAUCAGAUUUGUGAGCUUUUGUACGUGACUCUGCAGGGCUGUGGGAAGGAACGAAACAAUAUUGUGGAAGGAGUUAUUGUAUUUGAUGAAGAAUCAACAAACUUUC